UUCAUUAUUAUUAUGUCAAAGCUCAAUUGAAGAUUUCUACAAUCAUCUUCUCCAUAACAAAAAAAAAACCCUAAUUUACAGAGAAAAGAUGUGGGGAAUUGGAGGAAAUUACUAUUGGCGAAAGAAGAACAACAUCAAUGAAGGAAGUCAAAGCGAAGCGAUCGUUGUGGUAUUCGCUUGGAUGUCUAGCGAAGAACGCAAUCUCAAGAACCAUGUCGAUCUCUAUUCUUCUCUUCUUUGGGAUUCUCUCGUUUGCCAUCCUCAAUUUCUCAACAUGUUUCUUCCAGACAAAGCUGCAGAUUUAGCUUCUAAUGUUGUGUCUGAACUUGUGAAGGAGCUUAAAGCAAAGCCAAUUCCUUUAGUGUUCGCUUCUUUCUCUGGUGGUCCUAAUGCUUGUAUGUAUAAAGUUCUCCAAAUACUUGAAGGAACAUGCGAAACCGGAUUAAAUCCGGAUGAUUGUAGAUUGGUUAGAAACUGCAUCUCAGGGUUUAUCUAUGACUCGUGUCCUGUGGAUUUUACUAGCGACUUGGGAGCUCGAUUAGCGGUUCAUCCAACUACGCUUAAAAUGUCUAAUCCACCUAGACCGUUUGUUUGGGCAGCGAAUGGUAUUGCUUCGAGUCUCGAUUAUGUUUUCCUCAACAGGUUUGAAUCACAGCGAGCCGAGUACUGGCAGACUCUUUACUCUACUAUAAUCAUGAGAGUACCUUAUCUCAUUCUAUGCUCUGAAAAUGAUGACCUUGCUCCUUAUCAAACUAUACACAAUUUCGCUACACGUCUCCAAGAAUUAGGAGGAAAUGUAAAACUUGUAAAAUGGAAUGAUUCUCCUCAUUGUGGUCAUUAUCGUUAUAACCAGGUCGACUAUAAAGCUGCUGUAUCCGAGUUCUUGUCAAAAGCAGCGUCCGUUUAUUUGCAGAAGACGAGAAGUCUUGACAGAGAAGCUAUGAAAGAAACUCAAUGUGAUGAUGAGAUAACAGGGCCAAUUCAAAGCUUGGGGCAAUCAACCUCUGGUGUUAACAGAAGCUUCAACGGAACUCCACUUGUCACAACCGAUCAUUUCUUUGUGCCUACCACUGUAGGUUACUACGUGGGCAGAGAUGGUGGAUAUGUGCAAGAUGAACACAAACAAGACUUGAUUCGUUUGUCCAAUACUCAAACCGAUGACUCCGUUAAGCCCAAUGGAGUUCUAGGCCAAAUCUUGUUUGAUGUUUAUAUCCCCAAGAAUGUCGAGGAUUGGGAUAUAAAGUUAUCGGAAACCGGACGGUCCAGGCGGAGACCGGGGAAGAGGUUUAUACGUAGAUCGAGAUUGUAACAUCCGAGUUAUAUGUAAGUACCCAUUUGUUUUCUUGAGAUACUGUUGCAGAGGUAUUCCAUUUGGUUUUCCCUCGCAGAGAUCUAAUAAAUUAAUAAAUAAGAU